AUGGACGACCUAAAAUUGUUUGCUCGGAAGGAAGACACUGUAAUGAGAAUGAUGGCCGAGGUUGAUCAAUUCUUUCGAACUGCCGGAUUGGAGCAAAACGCUGAAAAGUCUGCAACUAAUCUUGAAGGGUUGAGUAGCAAAGCUAAGCUGCUUGACGGGAUUGAUGGCUAUCGUUACCUUGGAGUAUUGGAAGACAAAGAUAGCAGAGUUUUGAAGAAUGACACGAUGAACUCAAUAUCGGAUGCAAUCGAGGAGAGAAUUAAUAGCCUGGCAGACUCGAAGCUAAAUUCUGCAAAUUUUUUCAAGGCUGUCAAUGAGCAUGCAUUAUCGUUGUAUAAUUACUACAUCGGGCUCAUUGAUAUCGAACCAUGA